AUGGGCAAGGACAAGUCUGAGAAGAAGGACAAGCGCGAGAAGAAGGAGAAGCGCUCGGAGAAGGACGGUGUCCACAAGAGCGGCAAGAAGGACAAGAAGGAAAAGAAGGACAAGACCGCGCUCGCCGAGGCCGUCGAGCAGGAACUCACCACCAAGGUUCUGGACGGCAUUGACCAGGCCGUCGAAGAUGCCCCCGUCGAGGGCGUCGCUAAGGCUGAGAUGGACAUUGACGUUCGUCCCGUUGGCGCCGUCGUUCCGUUCGCCAGCCCUCUGGUCGAAGACAAGUCGGCGAAGAAGGUGCUGAAGAGUGUCAAGAAGGCCGCCGUCAACAAGUGCCUCAAGCGCGGUGUCAAGGAAGUCGUCAAGGCCCUCCGCAAAUCGCCCAUCCCUGCCCCUAACGCCCCCGUCUCUAUCCCCAACGGCGUCGUCAUCCUCGCCGCCGACAUCUCGCCCAUGGAUGUCAUCUCUCACAUUCCCGUGCUCUGCGAGGACCACGGAAUCCCCUACGUCUUCGUCACAUCCCGAGCUGAGCUCGGUAACUCGGCGGCCACCAAGCGUCCCACCAGUGUCACCAUGGUUGUUCCCAAGUCGGCCUCCAAGGGCAAGAAGAAGGACGAGGACGACGACGGCGAGGACUUCAGCAGCGUGUAUGAGGAAUUGGCCAAGCUCGCCCAGAAGGAGGCCAAGCGGGUUGGUGUUUAA